AUGCCAAAACAGUGGGUCUGCUGCUCGGAAAGCACUCUUCCAGAUACAAGGCCAAAACCCCAACCUGACGGCACAUGUGCUACACAUACUGUCGUUGCCGGAGAUGGCUGCUUUGCCAUCGCUGACAAUUACGGGAUUACGGUGGAUGAUAUAGACAAACUAAAUAAGGGGACCUGGGGUUGGGCCGGCUGUAACAGACUUCAGCCUGGCCAAGUUAUCUGCCUUAGUAAAGGAAAUACCCCUAUGCCAGCUGAAAUUGCUGGAGUUGACUGCGGCCCACAGAAACCUGGAACUAGGAAGCCUUCUGGUGAAUUUGAUGGUUGGGAUCUAGCAAAGCUCAACCCAUGUCCUUUAAAUGCUUGUUGCUCAGGCUGGGGCUUUUGCGGCAUAACUGCUGAAUUCUGCACAGAGUCUCCGGCUGAUACAGGUGCCCCUGGGUCUUUUAAACCUGGUACCAAUGGCUGUAUCUCCAAUUGCGGUACUGAAAUCGUGGGCAAUAAGACUCCGGGAGGUAGUUUUGCUCGAGUCGGUUACUUUCAGGCUUAUAACUUCAACCGGGACUGUUUAUACCUUGACGCUAGAAAGAUCGAAGAGAAUUUUAAAGAUCUAACCCACGUGCAUUUUGCAUUUGCAGGUCUUACUGAGGACUUCAACAUCAAUAUUGGAGACAAUAUUCGGGAGCAAUUCGAUUUAUUCAAUGCGAUGAAGGCACCCUUCAAAAAGAUCUUAUCUGUGGGUGGAUGGGCCGAGUCAACGGAACCUGGAACUUACAGUCGCUAUCGGGAGGCUGUAAGCCCGAAGAACCGGUUCAUAUUCGCUCAAAAUGUUGUGAAGUUCCUUGAUAGCCAUAAUCUGGACGGCAUUGAUUUUGACUGGGAGUACCCUGGUGCCACGGACCAAGGAAUUCCGGCAUCAAACCCCUACGACGCAGAGAAUUAUUACAGAUUUCUUACUCAAUUACGAGUCCUUCUCGGAACCGCCCCUGGAUCACGAUCCCUUUCUAUUGCUAUUCCAGCGUCAUACUGGUACCUCAAACCCUUCCCAGUUCGUGCAAUUUCAGUGGUCGUUGAUUACUUCAUUUACAUGACGUAUGAUCUUCAUGGUCAAUGGGAUUACGGGAACAAGUUUGCAAACCCUGGAUGUCCGAAUGGGAAUUGCCUUCGUUCACAUAUUAACCGCACAGAAACAUAUAGCGCCCUUGCUAUGAUCACAAAGGCCGGUGUGGUACCUGAAAAGGUCUUUUUCAUCAUUUCUACCAAGUAUACGGAGACCACUGACUUAAAAAUGACAGUUGCAAAUGCUGAGCUCCAGAAAAUUCUUGAGUAUACCGACGAAGGAGAAAAGGGCUUCGAGGCUAAGAAGUGGUAUGAUGCAGAGACGGACUCAGAUAUUAUGACCUGGUUAGCUCACUAA